CUUUGAGUAGGCAGACCAGUUCAACGCGAUCUGAUGGAUAUGUGCUGGAGUCUUCAGUGAAUUCGUCCAACACAAUUUGAAAUCCUUUUGUCCAUUCAACAUUCGUCAUGCUGCGCGUGACUUGUUUACUUGGCGAUGCGUGGCGCCUCGUUACUGUUGACGUCCCCGGUACUGACACUGUUUUGGAAUUAACGAAGCGCGUCCACACUGACCUGGGAUGUGCGUGCCCUGUCGACUACCUGAAGCUGUGCGUAGCGAAACAACCUGAACAAGUCGGCUGGUUGACGAGGAAAGAGCUGAAAAAGCUCAGCUCGAAAGAGAUCAACAGCAUGAUGAGUGUUGUCAUGGCACCUUCCGACCUCAUCAAUGCCGCGACGUUUGCCUUUCCUGUGGCACCAGAAGAGGGUCGAGUGCAUGUGAUUGUGAUCAUUCCGCGCCACAUUAUGGACUCUUUGAAAUAUGAGCGAUGGGCGAGAAACUGCGGUUGCGUGAACAUUUGCGUCCUUGUUGCCUCAUUUUUAUUGGUGCUUGGGGUCGCCUGCAUUCACAAGCGACUGUCUUGCGAAGGCGACUGUCUGUGCCCCACAUCGAACGACAUGGGCAUUUGCGUGUUGGUUGGGUUCGCGUCCGUCUUUCCUUUUGUUGCGGCAUUGGGACAAGCGUUCAAGUGCUUUUGUGAAUCCAAGGUGAAGGAGCACCAAAAUCGCUUCCAAUACAGCGUGUUUGCGGAGUAGAUUCGUCGUAUCAACUAAUCCUAGCCUUUGUGUUAUACCGU